GCACGCGCCUUGGCGUGGCGGCAGCGCCGCCGCAGGACGCAGGGAAGCCAAGUGGCGGCGGCGGCAGCGGCGGUGGCAGUUCGCGGCGAGGGCGACGGUUCCGAGGCCGAGUGGCAGGACGGCGCAGACCUCGGUGCCUUUCUCUGCACGAUCUUCUGGGUGGAUCCCUCCCUCCUAGAACCCACUACAGUGAACUUGCUCCCAGGGAACCUGAAGUCUGCCUAUGUACCGAAGACCCAGAGAGGCAGCCUGGGGAAAUGAAAACAGUGUGGGCUGUGCAGUCAAAGAAAUCUAGUUUUGAAUUCCUUCUCUGCUGCAUAGUAGCUGAAUGAUUAGGCAGAGUGAGUGUGUUGGGAAGUUGGUUACACAUUACUAUUCUCCAAGUGAUCAACAUUUGUACCUUUUCCACAUUUGAAGAUGGUGAAGCUAGAUAUUCAUACUCUGGCCCAUCACCUGAAGCAGGAACGCUUAUACGUAAACUCUGAGAAACAGCUCAUUCAGAGGCUUAAUGCAGAUGUACUUAAGACAGCCGAAAAGUUGUAUCGUACCGCGUGGAUCGCUAAGCAACAGAGAAUUAAUUUGGAUCGGCUUAUCAUAACCAGUGCUGAAGCUUCCCCUGCUGAAUGUUGCCAACAUGCCAAGAUUUUGGAAGAUACACAGUUUGUGGAUGGAUAUAAGCAAUUGGGGUUUCAGGAGACUGCUUAUGGAGAAUUCUUGAGUCGAUUAAGGGAAAAUCCUCGUCUUAUUGCCUCCUCUUUGGUGGCUGGAGAGAAACUUAAUCAGGAGAACACACAAAGUGUCAUUUACACAGUUUUUACCUCUCUCUAUGGCAACUGCAUCAUGCAGGAAGAUGAAAGCUACCUCCUUCAAGUUUUGAGAUACUUGAUUGAAUUUGAACUUAAAGAAAGUGACAACCCUAGGCGGCUUUUGAGGAGAGGAACUUGUGCCUUCAGCAUCUUAUUUAAACUUUUUUCUGAAGGACUGUUUUCUGCCAAACUUUUCCUCACAGCUACUUUACAUGAGCCAAUCAUGCAGCUGCUUGUGGAAGAUGAAGAUCACCUGGAAACAGAUCCAAACAAGCUGAUUGAGAGGUUCUCCCCCUCACAACAGGAAAAACUCUUUGGCGAGAAAGGCUCAGAGAGAUUCAGGCAAAAAGUUCAAGAGAUGGUAGAGUCCAAUGAAGCCAAACUAGUGGCUUUGGUGAACAAAUUUAUUGGUUAUCUCAAGCAGAACACGUACUGCUUUCCUCAUAGUUUGAGGUGGAUCGUGUCACAGAUGUACAAAACUCUCUCCUGUGUAGAUAGACUGGAAGUCGGGGAGGUCAGGGCAAUGUGUACUGAUCUCCUUUUGGCCUGCUUCAUUUGUCCUGCAGUGGUCAAUCCAGAACAGUAUGGAAUAAUAUCCGAUGCUCCUAUUAAUGAGGUGGCAAGAUUUAAUCUGAUGCAGGUUGGCCGCCUCUUGCAGCAGUUGGCAAUGACUGGCUCUGAAGAGGGAGAUCCCCGGACAAAGAGCAGCCUUGGCAAAUUUGACAAAAGCUGUGUUGCUGCUUUCCUUGAUGUUGUGAUUGGAGGCCGUGCAGUGGAGACGCCGCCAAUGUCCUCUGUUAAUCUUCUGGAAGGGUUGAGCCGAACUGUGGUUUAUAUAACCUACAGUCAGCUUAUUACUCUGGUGAAUUUUAUGAAGAGUGUGAUGUCUGGAGAUCAACUGAGGGAAGACAGAAUGGCUCUUGACAAUUUAUUGGCAAAUCUACCCCAGCCAAAGCCAGGAAAAAGCAGCAGUUUGGAAAUGACUCCCUAUAAUACUCCGCAGUUGUCUCCAGCAACCACUCCAGCAAAUAAAAAGAAUCGAUUGCCUAUAGGACAACAGUUAGCAGCCAUCACUGCCUGGGAUUCCUCAGCCACCAAUCUUACUGCUCAUAUUACUCUAGUAACCCCGUUUGCAACUCGGAGCAGAAGCCGCACCAAUGUGCUAAUGGACUUACAUAUGGACCAUGAGGGAUCAGCUCAAGAAACCAUCCAGGAGGUACAGCCAGAAGAGGUGUUGGUCAUUUCCUUAGGAACAGGUCCUCAGCUUACUCCAGGGAUGAUGUCAGAAAAUGAGGUCCUAAAUAUGCAGCUUUCGGAUGGAGGGCAAGGAGAUGUCCCUGUUGAUGAAAACAAACUCCACGGUAAACCUGAUAAAACCUUGCGCUUUUCCCUCUGCAGUGAUAAUCUGGAAGGAAUAUCUGAAGGUCCUUCAAAUCGUUCCAAUUCAGUAUCCUCACUAGACCUGGAAGGGGAAUCUGUGUCCGAACUUGGAGCGGGACCUUCUGGGAGUAAUGGAGUGGAAGCUCUACAGCUGUUAGAGCAUGAGCAAGCUACAACACAGGAUAAUCUUGAUGAUAAGCUAAGGAAGUUUGAAAUUCGUGACAUGAUGGGUCUGACAGAUGAUAGGGAUAUAUCAGAGACAGUGAGUGAAACCUGGAGUACAGAUGUCUUGGGAAGUGAUUUUGACCCUAACGUCGAUGAAGAUCGCUUACAAGAAAUUGCAGGUGCAGCAGCGGAGAAUAUGUUAGGCAGUUUACUCUGCCUGCCAGGUUCAGGGUCAGUGCUUCUUGACCCCUGCACUGGUUCUACCAUAUCAGAGACAACAAGCGAAGCUUGGAGUGUAGAGGUAUUGCCAAGUGACUCAGAGGCCCCAGAUCUAAAGCAGGAGGAACGUCUGCAAGAACUGGAGAGCUGUUCUGGACUGGGUAGCACAUCUGAUGAUACGGAUGUCAGGGAGGUCAGUUCCCGCCCCAGCACACCAGGCCUCAGUGUUGUGUCGGGUAUAAGUGCAACCUCUGAGGAUAUUCCCAAUAAAAUUGAAGACCUGAGGUCUGAGUGCAGCUCUGAUUUUGGGGGUAAAGACUCUGUCACUAGUCCAGACAUGGAUGAAAUAGCUCAUGGUGCCCACCAGCUGACCUCUCCUCCUUCUCAGUCAGAGUCUCUGCUGGCCAUGUUUGAUCCACUGUCUUCACAUGAAGGGGCUUCCGCCGUGGUAAGGCCAAAGGUUCACUAUGCCAGGCCAUCGCAUCCACCUCCCGACCCCCCAAUCCUGGAAGGAGCUGUGGGAGGAAAUGAGGCCAGGUUGCCAAACUUCAGUUCCCAUGUUUUAACUCCAGCUGAGAUGGAAGCAUUCAAACAAAGGCAUUCUUACCCUGAGAGAUUAGUUCGCAGCAGAAGCUCUGAUAUAGUGUCUUCUGUCCGGCGACCUAUGAGUGACCCCAGCUGGAACCGACGUCCAGGGAACGAAGAGCGAGAACUCCCUCCAGCCGCAGCCAUUGGUGCUACUUCUUUGGUGGCUGCACCUCAUUCGUCAUCGUCGUCCCCGAGUAAGGACUCCUCAAGAGGAGAGACUGAAGAACGCAAAGAUAGCGAUGAUGAGAAAUCAGACAGGAACAGACCUUGGUGGAGAAAACGUUUUGUUUCUGCCAUGCCUAAAGCUCCUAUACCAUUUAGAAAGAAAGAAAAACAAGAAAAAGACAAAGAUGAUCUGGGGCCUGACAGAUUCUCAACACUCACAGAUGAUCCCAGCCCUAGACUCAGUGCACAAGCUCAGGUCGCUGAAGAUAUCCUGGACAAAUACAGGAAUGCCAUUAAACGAACCAGCCCCAGUGAAGGAGCACUGGCAAACUAUGAGAGUGCAGGUGAUAAUCAUGAAGUUAUGGGUGAUGGUGAAAGUGCCCAUGAUUCCCCUCGUGAUGAGACCCUGCAAAACAUCUCAGCUGAUGAUCUCCCGGACUCCGCGAGCCAAGCAGCCCACCCUCAGGAUUCAGCUUUCUCUUACAGAGAUGCAAAAAAGAAACUGAGGCUUGCUCUUUGCUCUGCUGAUUCUGUUGCUUUCCCAGUGCUAACCCAUUCAACAAGGAAUGGUUUGCCCGACCACACAGACCCAGAAGACAAUGAAAUUGUCUGCUUCCUAAAAGUUCAAAUAGCUGAAGCAAUUAAUUUACAAGAUAAGAACUUGAUGGCUCAACUGCAAGAGACAAUGCGUUGUGUGUGCCGCUUCGAUAAUAGGACUUGUAGGAAACUGUUGGCUUCUAUCGCCGAGGACUACAGGAAACGGGCCCCCUACAUUGCUUACCUCACUCGCUGUCGACAAGGACUGCAGACCACACAGGCUCACCUGGAAAGGCUGCUGCAAAGGGUUUUGCGGGACAAAGAGGUGGCCAAUCGGUAUUUUACCACUGUCUGUGUGAGGCUGCUGCUUGAGAGCAAAGAAAAGAAGAUCAGGGAAUUCAUUCAAGACUUUCAGAAACUCACAGCAGCUGAUGAUAAAACUGCUCAGGUGGAAGACUUUCUGCAGUUCCUUUACGGUGCGAUGGCCCAGGAUGUCAUCUGGCAGAACGCAAGUGAAGAGCAGCUCCAGGAUGCUCAGCUGGCCAUCGAGCGGAGUGUGAUGAAUCGGAUCUUCAAGCUGGCUUUCUACCCCAAUCAGGAUGGGGACAUACUCCGUGACCAGGUUCUUCAUGAACAUAUUCAGAGACUGUCUAAAGUAGUAACUGCAAACCACAGAGCUCUUCAGAUACCAGAGGUUUAUCUUCGGGAGGCUCCGUGGCCAUCUGCUCAGUCAGAAAUCAGGACGAUAAGUGCUUACAAGACCCCCCGGGACAAAGUGCAGUGCAUCCUGAGAAUGUGCUCCACGAUCAUGAACCUGCUGAGCCUGGCCAACGAGGACUCCGUCCCAGGAGCGGAUGACUUUGUCCCCGUGUUGGUGUUUGUGUUGAUAAAGGCAAAUCCACCCUGUUUGCUGUCUACUGUUCAGUAUAUCAGCAGCUUUUAUGCCAGCUGCCUGUCUGGAGAGGAGUCCUAUUGGUGGAUGCAGUUCACAGCAGCAGUGGAAUUCAUUAAAACCAUCGAUGACCGAAAGUGACCAAGACCAAGGCCCACCAAGGCAGCAGACUGUUCGGAGGGCAAACAGAUCUCUUGGAAAAUGUACCAGCUGCUUUGAAGGCUGACACUUGUUUUUGUAUGAUACUGUACAGCAUUCAGACAUUUUAAAACAGAUCUUUACUAAACAGAUUAAUGAGCUAACAAGCAGGUUCUCUUUUCUUUGGGCUCUUUUCCUUUCUGAGUUGCAUCUUUUAUUUUCUUGUCCCCAUGUGGAGAAGAGUACUGCAAAAAGGGACCAUAUUUUUCAGGUAUUUUGAAAUACUAAAAACAAAACAAAAUCUUCUAGAAAAUUCUUAGAUCUCCAUUUAUGGAUACCCAUUCUUUCUUUUCAUUAAAAAAAAAAAAAAAAGCAGUACACCUCUUUGAAGAUGCUGUCUAAUCUUAUAUGCAUCUGAUGGAAGGAAAAUACCAGUUGCACUGAGGAUUGUGAUAGUGGUGACAUUAGUGGCAUUAUCUAUAAAUACACUCACCUAAAUCGAAAAGCUAAGAAGGAAAUGUAAAUAUAAUAUAUAUUUAUAUUUGAUGUAAUAUGGACAUUCUUCAGAUUCUAAUAAACAAGGACUAUUGCUGAUAGUGGGUUGUAAUGUACCCUCUUGUGGGAUGGUUUCCUUGACAAAAUUUAAGCUGCGCUUAAAAGCAAAAGGCAAACAAAUAUGCAGAAGUAUUUAUUAAAGUGUAAUGCAGUUUAUUGAAGUUUCUAGGUGUAGAGUUUGAUGCACAGGACUGCCUUUGAUGAGGGGCAUAAAGAUCACAGAGUAGGUCACUUGGGCGUUUCUCACCUCGGACGUCUUUGAGCCCGCAGUAGGACAGAGGGUCUUUCAUCGCCAUGUAUUACGUACGAAGCAACAGUAGAUGCCCGAUGCGUUCUUGUGGUACUUCUCAGCUGGAUAUAGUGUAGAAACCCCAGACGGAACUCCUUAUAAACCUUUAAUAUAUUUUUGAUGAUGAUUCACAUUGAAUGCACAGACCAGGAAUUCAGUGAAUGUAAUUUUUAAAAAUCUAAUUUGUAUUGUCUACUCUAGUGAUAUGUGUUUUCCUAGUGAUAAACUAUUUUAAUCAACCCUACUCUUCUUAUGGAAAAAAAAAUCUAUUUUGGCAGGUUUCCGUGCCUUUGUUUCCCUCUUCUGAACAAAGAUACGUGUUUCUGUAUUUUGGGUUGAUUGUGUGUUGAUAAUGAAUCAGCAAGGGGUUUUGGUGUCUCAGAAACUGGCCAAGGAGGCCCCAUCAAAGCUUCAAGCACAAGUGUUGUACAUUGGUUAUCACUGACUGGGUUCAUUUUGUAUGUUUCCUAAACAUGCUUAGCUUCUUUUAUAAAACUUGGUCCCGUACUUUGAGUCUUCCUGUUGCUGGCAGCAUUUCCAGGCAUUUUUAAGGGACCUGUGACCAGCGGCCUGGAGCAGAGGCUGUCUCCUCUCUCUCUCUCUCCAGGAAUCGUGCUCCAUUGUGUCUGAAGAAGCUGGGUUUUCUUUAUGCCUCGACCUCUUCUCGUUCCUUUCAUUCUAAAAUACUGAUUGCAAGUUGCAUAGGAGCGUGGGAUGUGGUUUCUGCCUUUUAGGAGGAGAUCAGAAUUAAGCUAAAUGUCCUUUUGAACGGUAGGUCAAGAAAUCUGUGUACAGAGUCAUGUGCUUCGUGGGCUGUAACUGUCAAGCUUGUCUAGGUCUCAGAAAGUCAAAUCCCAUGGUAAAUACUUUACAAGUCAAACAAGUAAAUACUUUACAAGUCAAACAAGCCAUCUGACACGAUUUCGAAGGCCUAGAGGGAGUUCAGCAUUUGAGUCAGUAAAUGUUAAUCGAAGACUUGGAAUAGAUGAAACUCAUUGUUUUGGGAUUAACUCUUAAGUCUUAGGGAGAAAUUGUUUUCCCUCAGGAUGGUCACCACAUCUUUUCCGUCUUGUGGAAAUACGCACAAAGAUGUGGACAUCACACACGGAGGGGAAGGUGGUGACCUGGGGGUGCAGGGCCACACUGGCGGCAGGAGACGGGCCUCUGCAGUGCUUGAGACAGUGGCGAGGGCAGAAACCCAGAGAUUUGGCGUCAGCGAUACAUCUCUGCGUCGGAGGCAGGUGCUCGAGGCUUGACUCGGGUGCUGGCAGAGACGCAUGGCCCAGCUGCUGACGGUUCAGCUCUUUUCCUCUGGAAACCUGUCAGGAGUAAGGACGGCUUCAGCAUUAACCAUCACUGGUUUGAUUUCAUGACAGGGUUUUAUUAUAGUGUUGAAUUCCGAAUUGAGGAAUUGCUAACUAUCUGCAUGGCAUGGUGGAGGUGUGAGAUAGUAGUAACUUGAUUUUGCUCUUUCAGGAAAGAGGAGUAGUUGUUCCUCGGGUGUUUGGUACCACAGUUCCCCCCAGUAACUAACUUUAUGUGAAGAAUUAGUGCAAAAGUACAAAAUCACACACAGGAGACAUUUGGUAGCUUCCAAUUAUUACAUGAAAUUUAUAAGGAUAACGGAUGUUAAAUGGGGAGCCGGUGGCUCAAUUCACUGAAAUCUUGUAGAAUUAACUAAUGAAAAAUCAGUUUAUAUUUUGUGUUAAUAUUCUACUUCUGGAGGCAGUUAAGUAAUAUAAAUACUGAUGGAAGAUUGUCUUCCCUUGUAAAAUUAGUAUUUUUUUAAAUCUAGUAAGCAUCUUGUUUUCUUUCUCUACUUUAGGUCAAAUCUCAGCCACUUACUGCUUUUGCUGCUUUUUCUUUUUAAAAAACCUGCUUAUGGGAAGUUCUCGUUGUGGCUCAGUGGGUUACAAACCCAACUAGUGUCCAUGAGGAUGCGGGUUCAAUCCCUGGCCUUGCUCAGUGGGAUAAGGAUCUAGCAUUGCCAUGAGCUGUGGUGUAGGUUGCAGAUGUGGCUCAGAUCUGCGUGGCUGUGGCUGUGGCCGGCAGCUGCAGCUCUGAUUCAGCCCCUUGUCUGGGAACCUCCAUGUGCCAUGGGUGUGACCCUAAAAAGACCCAAAAAAAAAAACCCCAAAAAAACACCUGCUUAUGAAAGUCUUUUUAAUGCAGCUAUUAAAUUGCUUUAAGAGGAUUAGACUUCAUGAAUGAUUGGAAAUAGAUGUCAGGAGUUCCCUUUUGGCACAGCAGGUUAAGGAUCAGCAUUGUCACUGCAGCAGCUUGGGGCAAUGCUGUGGUGCAGGUUCGAUCCCUGGCCUGGAAACUUCCACAAGCCAUGAGUGUGCCGCCCCCCCCCCCCAAAAGAAAUGUGGAUGUGGUGCAUGGUUUCUCUUUUCCUGUUGUAUCCUGGAAGCCUUUGUUUAACAUAGACUUUGAACACACGUGUCCUGAGGUUCAUAAGCAAGAGAACAUAAACCCUCGCAGACAGUCACAAGGCCAUGUUCUGGCCAUAAGGAGCAGUAACUGACUGUGCAAGCCGGUUGAUGCUGUUUUCCUAUUACCUGCAUAGCCAUUCCAGUUUGGGCCAAGGGAAGGUCAAUAUUGUGAAGCUUUAACAAUUCCUUUCUCUGAUGCGAUUGGGGGUGAAAUGGAAAGUAGGGAUGCACUUGCUCCGACUUGUUAGUGGAGGCAUAGAGGUGAUGGAAACGGUCGUGGAAUUUGCUUCCUCCGUUUGCGUGUUUGCGGCUUUCCCCUCUCCAUCCCUGCUUUCUUUCUUUAGGAAAAGUCUGCCCUCUUUUUAGUUCUUCUAACUCUAGUGAGUUUAUUCUGUAUGUAAUUGCUGACUUUGGGGAUAUACAUUAAAAAGAAUCUUAUCAGAGUUCCCACUGUGGCUCAGCGGGUUGGGCACCUGACAUAGUGUCUGUGAGGCUGCGGGUUCGAUCCUUGGCCUCACUUAGUGGGUUGGUGUUGCCGCAAGCUGCACCAUAGGUCACAGAGAUGUGGCUUGGAUCCGGCACUGCUGUGGUUGUGGUGUAGGAUGGUAGCUUCGACUUGAAUUCCACCCCUAGCCCAGGAACUUUCAUAUGCCACAGGUGCAACUGUAAAAAGAAAAUGAAAAAAAAAAAGGAGAGAAAAAUACUCUUAUCAAGGGUUCAAAGAAUUUUUGGGAAGUAGAUUAACAGUGGUGAGAUAUUUAAGGUAUUUUGAAUGCCAAAGUGCUUGAGAACGUUGCCAGGUUAAAAAUCACUUAAUAGAUCUCGGGACAUAGGUUAUGCAGAGUAGGAUGACCAGGAGUAGCGUUAUUACUCUUGAGACCACUUGGAGAAAGGGAGCUAGAGUUUGCUUCAGUGUCAGGGUUGGGGUGGUUGAGCUGCAGAGGCACCACGGAGCUCCGUGUCCCACGGACCUGUGCUCGGCGAAGGUUAAAUUCAGGAGAGGAAGUCCUCUCCCUUGGUUAAUGGCAGACAGGGUGGGCAGGGGCCCCACGCCUUACAAAUUCACCUCUGCUGAGUUGAUAUUUUGUUCGCUCUGUUCUUGUGCUUCACCUGUCCUCAACAGCUUUGGACUGCCUCUCCUCGUGAAACAAAACCAUAUGUAAGCCUCAGUUAAUGAGUUUGCACAAUCUUGUAUCUGUACAGGAAACCCAUCCUGUCUCCUAGUGUGACUGAUUGUCCAUGUAUGACAGCAUUCUGCAAAACUGAUUAAAAAGGGAGAGCAGUUGAAGUCACUGGGUUUUCAUGUUUUCAUCAUCUCUUUUGUAUUCGGAAGCACUUCUGAAAUUUUUUUGGACUUCUCAGCUAUUACUCAUAUUCUCCAUGAAUUCGUACUUGUCUUUUUCAUCUGAACAUUUAAGGGUAUUUGUUACGUGCAAUAUAGGAAGGCAUUAGAAUCAUUGUCCAGCAGUUGCUAACAAGACGGUAAACAUUUACUGUUUUAACACCGUUCCUGUCGGACGCCUGUAUGUGGUAGCCUUAGUUCUGAGAGCAGAUGUCCUAAUCACAGUAUUCACCGAAACCCUUAUUAAUCUUUUCAGCCGAGGGACAUUUCUGUGAGCCAGGAGCCUUUGUCAUAGGGGCAAGCUCCCCCCACACGUGGUGGAAUAGCCCUUUCCCCAUACUAAUUGCACUUCAUCUGGAAGGAAGCAUUUAAAAGUUGGCUUAGGGCUCUGUUUUCGUUCCGUCUGUUCAGUAUUAAAAUUAAUGCAGUGACUUGCCUAGAACUGAAAGUAGAAUUCAACUUUCCUUCCCAACUUGGAAUUACCCCUGUCACCUGGACUCUUGUUAUAUUUGUUCCCACUCAACCCUCUCUCUAAAUAAGUGGCUCUGCAGCUUUCCCCGGAGGAUGCUGAGCUAGUGAAGGUGUUUAGCUAGACCUCUGUGUAGUGCGGCCUGGAAAAUGUGUCAUGAUUCUGGGAAGUAAAAUCAGGCCCUUUUGGCUGUAAACGUGUCCUCUACCUAGAGAUUUAAGUAUUCAUUGAAGAGCUUUUGUUUCAGUCAUUUCACGCCUGAAGAAUCUUGUUCCAUCUUCCGAGGAUACCAAAACACAGUGCACAGACUUUAAAAAAUUGAUCAAAGAAUCCAGAAAAUCUCUGGUUGUGGGGAUCCGGGAAGCAUCAUCCCGCUUUUGUGCUAAAAUGGAAAAAGCUCUCAAUUCCCAGUCAUGGAACCUGUUCAGACAGUGGACAACGAAACCAUGGUAAUCUUACUUCUGUUCACUAGGAAUUCAGCAUAUUGCUGGCCAAAAACAUUAAAUUUUAUGCUCCUGUGAAAA